AUGGAAUCGAGACCCGCAAGAAAACAGGUUGAUGAUUCUAUGCUCAAAUUUGGACCAACAAAAGUAUCCCCCGAUCGAUCUGGCGUAUUUUACAAUAUAUGGUAUAAUAAAUGGUCAGGUGGAGACAGGGUAAAAGAAAAAGCAAAAACCCGAUGUAAAAUAGAACGUGACGCGGGUAUGACGAAAGGAGAUAGAACGAAAAAUACAUAUUUUUGUCUAUAUUUUGCUCGAGGUUGUUGUCCAUAUGGAAGCGAAUGUAGUUAUUGGCAUAGAUUACCAACAGAAUCAGAUUUGUUAGACACGACAAUAGACGCGUUUGGACGCGACAAAUUUGAAGAAUAUCGUGAGGAUAUGGGAGGAGUCGGUUCAUUUAAUAGAGAAAAUCGGACGCUUUAUGUUGGGUACAUUCAUAUUGGACCUAAUAUAGAGGAAAUUGUCCGAAAACAUUUUAGUGAAUGGGGAGAAAUAGAAAAAAUUAAAAUUUUGAAAGAUAAAGGAGUAGCUUUCGUAACAUAUGAACGUUCACUUAACGCAGAAUUUGCAAAAGAGGCGAUGUGCAAUCAGAGUUUAGAUCAUGAUGAGGUACUUAAUGUUAGAUGGGCCACAGAUGAUCCAAAUCCUCGUGCUAAAGAAGAGUAUAAGCGUAAAGCCGAAGCCUUGGCGGCCCAAGCGAUACAAAAAAGUCUACCUGCAGAAUUUACUCUUAAUGCCGAUUAUACAAAUAAACGACCUAAAAUAGAGGAAACCAAUAUUCGAGAUCAAUAUUAUGGCCUUGAAGGAUAUGAAUCUUUAGAAUAUUUUGAUCCGCCAAUGAUUAUAAAAACACAAUAA